CGCGAGAUAAUCAAUCCCACUCACCCUUGAAUCCAAGUCAUUCUCUCCCAUCAUGUCGACAGUGAAGGAGAAUGAAUACGAGCUCGAGCGCCAGAAGACAAUUGCUGAGAACCGGGCGUUGCUUGACUCGCUCGGUUUGGACUCUGGCGGCGAUGCCAAGCUCAACAUGACCCCGCCCCCAUCAAAGCCCUCUGCGCCUCGGAAACGCAAGGCGCCGCCAGUAAAGAUUGAGCGUGAGCCGCGCCGCCGUAGCGGACGUAUUGCUGGUCUGGAAGCGGACGGCUAUGAAGCUGCUCUGAAGCAAGCGGCUGAGGAGAAGGCCGUCGAAGUGGCACGCGAGCGCGAACGCCGGCCCAGGCGCCAGAUGAUGCCGAUCUCAGAGAUGCCCGAAGUGGACGCAUCGGCAGUCAAGACUGAGGACGAAGAUGCGGAAGCGGAAGCCGAGCGGCUGCGGCAAGAGGCUCGCGUUAAGGAACUCGAGGCGCUGUUGCCGGAGAUCGCGGAGAAGAAAGCGGCCCGGGUCUUCCCCGGGUCAAAGGGCAGCGCACGAGACGCUUACGCCGAUGCCGACGCGCUGCCUGCUGAGGUCGCCCGGCUUAAGGACGCCUUCAAGGGCGUGGCAUUGCGUGCCAACACCAAAGUCACCAGCGAGCGUGUCUUUUCCAUGGUUGUUCACCCGGAACCUACCAAGAAUCUCGUGCUCGUCGGCGACAAGUAUGGGCAACUAGGCAUUUGGGACGCACUUGGCCCGUCGUUUGCUGAGGGGGACGAGGAUGAUGACACCACUGGUCGCGUGUGGCGCAUUCAAGCGCAUGCCAAAAACUCGAUCUCGUGCAUGAAGGUCGACCCUGUUGCUGGUUCGAGUCUUUACUCCACCUCUUACGACUGCUCGCUGCGUAAGCUCGACUUUGCUACCUGCGUGUCGACAGAGCAGUUCGCUUUUGAAGAUGAGGACAUGCUCAUUACCCACUUUGAUCUCACCCCGAGCGGUAAAGAGGCAUGGCUCGUUGACAAAAACGGUGGCAUCUCACAUUGCGACUUUCGCGAGCGCAGCGAGCGUCGUCGGUGGGUGGUGCAGGGCGAGGGGCGAGCAGGAAAGCUCGGCGGCAUCAGCGUGAACCCGCUCCAGCCACAUCUCAUCUGUACGGCCAGCAACGACAAGCACGUCCGAAUAUGGGAUGUGCGGCAUCUCGGCCGCAUCACGCCCAAGGCUGCAGAGUCUCUCGAGCCGCCAGCCGACCGGCCUGAAGACGCGCUUGACACAUUCCCCACGAGCUCGAUCCCUGUCGAGAGAGUGGAAAGCUACAUGCAGGGCACAAAGGGCAAAGGGCUGUUGCGCGCGUCUUAUGAGCACGGCAAAAGCUGCUCGGCGGCUUAUUGGGACCCUACUGGGCGGCGCAUACUUACUACGAGCUACGAUGACAAACUAAGGAUUUGGACGCUGAACCCGCAGUCGCUCAUGCUUGAUCAGCCACUGCCAGCAACCCACUUCAAGCCGACCUCUGCUAUCAAACACGACUGUCAAACUGGGCGAUGGCUGACAAUCUUGCGCGCGACGUGGUCACUGAACACGGAAUACAUGCCGCACUUCACGGUGGGCAACAUGAAGCGCUACCUCAACGUGUAUUCUGGAACGGGAGAGAGAAUCGUUCAACUCUGGUCGGAGGGGGUGACAGCCGUGCCGGCGGUAACUGCCUCUCACCCUGGGCGAGUCGACUGUGUGGUGGGCGGAAACACCUCGGGGCGAAUCCAGCUUUGGACCACGGCCUCAGAAUAACAGCAGAGGUUCUUAUGGUCGUAAUAAUCGUGUUGCCGCCUACUCUCCUGCAUGAUAAUGCAUUUCAGUGAUCUGUGAAA